CUUUGGGCUUAGGAACUUCUGAGUGUACUAGAGUAUCUUAUCCUUCCAGUCAAAAUAUCUAGUUGGAAAAACACGUUCACUUUACUCGAUUAACACAUGUUUAAGCUUUUUUCUGUUCACUUUGGAAUUUUAAUUCUCAUCCUUCCAGUUUCCUCAAGAACACCAAAGAUCUCCAGUUCUGGGUUUCUGAUCAAAGCUUCUUGCUUUCAAGUGGUUCAGAUUGUAAGCCUCUUAGAAUGUCUUUUUCGAUGGAUAAACUGAUCAAAGCUAUGUCGCUAGAAGAAGCAGAUGAGCCUUUCAGUCUGCCGGAUCUACCUCAGUUCUCAUCCAAGGAUACAAACUCUAUGAGUUUAAUGGGAAGACUACUCAGUCCAGACAGCCAUAAUGUUUCAGACAUCGUUCUCGACAUGCCAAGGAAGUGGCUAAUCUAUGAUCGAGUUAGAGGAGUUGCCCUUUCCAAAGACAAGUUCCAAUUCAUCUUCAAACACAAACAAGAUUUGGAAAAGAUUCUCAAUUUGGGGGUGCAUACACAUAACCAAUGGUCUCUAGUGUUAGAUAGAUGGGUUGAAAAUCCACCGAAAACUUAUUUUCAAUCACUUCCAAUUUGGGUUCAAAUUCGGAAUAUACCAGUCAAUCAUCAUACUAGGGAAGCGAUCUAAGUUUUUGCUGAAUUUACAGGUCCAGUUAUCCUAAUCGACUAUGAUCCGACAAUCUCUCAGAACAAAGAUUUUGUUCGGGCUGAAAUUCUGUUUGAUGUCUCAAAAUCACUCCGGCGCUCCAAAGUGAUAAAGCUCCCAUCUGGGGAGACUAUCACAAUCCUAUAUGAUUAUGAAAGGAUUCAAAAGCGGUGUUUCUUUUGUCAACGUCUCACUCAUGAAAGGGAAAAGUGCCCCCUAAUCCUACAGAGAGGAAAAGAGAAGAUGGACCUUGUUCAUGAUAGAUCCACAGUCUUAUCCUCUCUCAACGUUCCUACUUGGAAUUUUCAAGGCUCUCCUCUCGACAAGACUAACACUCCAGACGUAGCCAUCCUACCUGCAGCUACAAAUGAAAUUCAGAUGGAACCUUAUACUCAGAAAUGUCAAGCAGAAGAGGACACUCUUUCUUCAGAGACUGCAACUCCAUCUUCCACCCAUCCUUACUCAAAAGACCUUCCUCUUCCAGAAAAUCUUUAUGAAGUACGACUGAACUCAUCAUAUGUUUAUGAUGUCCUCAACUCUGAACCUGGGACUUCGGGAACAACAAAUUCAUAUCCUACUUAUCGGAAGCAUCCCCUUAAGCCAGCAAGGAUUAAAAAAGGUUCUUUCGAAGGGCGAGGUUCCAAUCAGGUGAAAGAGCUAUGAUAGGCUUCCAAUACGAGAAGAUGGAAAAUAUCUGUACUAAUUGCUGCAGAAUCAUGCAUCCUACCUCUAGAUGCCCCUUUGAACCUACAAACACUAAUCCCUACAACAAUCAAGGUAACCAAGCUCAUCAAAUGAGAAAUGAAGAGUUAGAAGAGCUAGACCCGGAUCCCAUCUCACAACCAUCAAGUCCCGUUGCUCAAGUUCCUGUUCUCAAAGAACCGAUUCAGCAGAAUUGAGAACAUAUUCCUGCACAGAAAUCAGGUCCUUACUUUGCUUUAGCAUUUCCACAUUUUGAUCUCUCGGGCAAAGAAGAAUCUAUAGGGUCCAAUGUAGACUGUGGGGAUUUUCCCAAGAAGUACUCUAAAAAAGUAGGAGAAUGUUCAAAAAAGAAAUUGGAGGUUAAUCACAAAAAGGAACUUCCACUGAAGAAAGAUCAAGCCCACCAGGCCAUGGAAGGGAGGUUAAUCAUCACUCUCCCUGAUCACUCUACUUAAUUCUGUCAAGUUUAACUUUUUGGUGUGAAUAGUUUACUUUUAAUCGGCAUGAUCGUCUUGGUUUAAGAAUUUUGGAGCUGCGAAAAGCAUCAUUCUGGAUGAAUAUGAGCUCUACAGUGCAGAUAGAUGACAGUCAAGAUGACUAGGACCUCUCUUCCCUUUUUUUGGUUAUGAUGUAAUGUCAUCUUAACUUAGUAUCAACUCUUGUUUUACUUAGCUUUCUUGUGUUUAAGUUUAAGCUGUUGCAGUUGUAUCUUGUAACAUUAACACUGGUUCGGCUUUGGCCAUUAAUAAAAAAGAUCCUGUU